CUCCCCGGCCCUGGGUGUGGAAGACUGAGGGUAAGGAGUGGGUUUGGGCCGUGGAAAGUGACCGAGCUAUUUGGCCUCCACUGUUCCUUUUCGUCUUUGGGUCUUCAGGGGCAAGAAGGCUGGGCUGAGGAGCUGGGGGCAGGGGGUUCCACCAGGAAGAUGUAGGCCGUGCCUCACGCCCAGAACACGAGCCAGACGUUUGGUUUCUGACGUCGUUUGGGGGUCUAGAGUGGGAAGAAUGUGUCAGCCCCUUGGGAAAGGUAGGGUGUGGCCGCAGAGCGCCUGUAGGUGCCAAACGGGAUUCGAGAUCUCAUGCAGGGCCUCGGAUCGCAGUACCUCCGGGAGUGUCCCUGCGCCCCUUCUGUUCCAACAGCCUGCCCAGAAGAGUUGUGCACUGCAGGUUCUGAAAUUAGAUCUGGUUUCUGAUUCUGGCCUCACCAGUUCUCCGAACGGCAUUGGGAAAUUGAGGCCAUCUCUCCUGCUCAUCUGAAAACAUGAGAUGCACGCAGAAGAUGCGUACAACGCUGGGGAACACUUUGAGUGUAUGCCCAGGCUUAUGAAAGGCAACAGAGAAACAAAGCGCCUUUUUGUGGGUGGCCUUGGCCAGAACAUUUCUGAGGUGGACCUACAAACCCAGUUCAGCAGAUUUGGAGAAGUCUCUGAUGUGGAGAUCAUCACUCGGAAAGAUGACCAAGGAAACCCACAGAAAGUCUUUGCAUAUAUCAACGUCAGAAUAGCAGAAACAGACCUGAAAAAAUGGAUGUCUGUUUUAAAUAAAACCAAAUGGAAAGGUGGAACACUACAAAUUCAAUUAGCAAAAGAAAGUUUUCUGCACAGAUUGGCCCAAGAGAGAGAAGAAGCAAAAGCAAAGAAAGAAAAAUCAACAAUAGGCAACACCAACUCAUUAGAAAAGAUAGGAAUGGUGGAUUUCCAUAUGAAAGCUGUGCCAGGGACAGAAGUACCAGGGCACAAGAAUUGGGUUGUGAGUAAAUUUGGAAGAGUCUUACCUGUUCUUCAUCUAAAGAAUCAACAUAAACAUAAAAUUAUAAAGUAUGAUCCAUCAAAAUACUGCCACAACUUAAAAAAAAUAGGGGAGGAUUUCACAAAUGUCAUUUCUAUAUCCAAUCUCACUUGGGACUUGGAAGGAGGGAAUGAUUCUGAGAGUAAGAAACGCCAAGGAAAAUUUUCUGACUUUUUCAGCCCUCCCAAGAAGAUCGUAAAAGUGCAGAAGGAUGAGAGUCCCACUAUGGCUCUGGCUAUGAGACCAGGACCUAGGAGGGUAAUAACGGAGAAUCCACAGUUAACACAGCAACAGACCUUGCAAGAAGUCUGUGGUGACCCCAUUGCUCUUACAUCCCCCUGUGCACCCAGUUCUGAUGGUCAGAGACUUAAAGGUGUGCCUUUUCAGGCUUCUGGCUUUGAAAAUACUGGGAACAAAAAUAGCAUGUCUAACAAUUCUGAUGAUGAAUUAAGGCUAUCUGAUGAUGCUAACAAUUCUGAGGAUGAAUUAAGGCUAAUGAUUGCAAGACAGGAAAACUUAGAGAGGACUCCAUGGUCCUCAAUCAGUGAAUCUAACUCUGAUCCCUUUGAAGUUGUAAGGGAUGAUUCCAAAGCAGAUGUUCACAAACUUUGUUUAACAGGUUUAGGCAUAAAAUCGUGCCUUGACAGUGAAAAUGAUGUGGGAAAUGAUUGCAUCGAUGAUUCAGGAGAUGCUGAUGAUACUGCAAUGAAAGAAAACGUCAGUAAGGUGAAGAAGAGCACAGAACUCUCACAAGUGGAGGAGUCCACAUACAAGAAAACGUCUUUGAAAAACAGAAGAAACUAUGAGCCUUCUGAUCAUUGUGUUAAGGUACAGAAGAAUAAAAACAGUGUGGAGCUAGCCAUCAGUGAUGGAGCUGAGCGUCUUAGUAACAAAUCUCUCUCCAACUCCAGUAGCAAUGAAGAUGCAGAAUCAGCUGAGUCUGAGGAAGAUGAGUACAACGCCAUGAUGAAAAACUGCCUUCGUGUGUCUCUUACUCUGGCUGAUCUGGGACGGUUGGCUAGCAGUAACCUGAAGGCUCCAGAAGAAGAUGCUGAGAGUGCUGGCUGGGAGACCACCUCCACGUGUGACAGAGCCUCCAAGAGCCACAGAGGUCGACAGUGUAUUUGUCCUGAAGAGAUCCUGGCUUCCCUUUUAGAAGAAGAGAACUCCCCUAGAGAACAGAAACCAGAGGAAAACAACUUAAAGCUAAAAUUCCGGGCAUUCAGGGGAGUAGGCUGCCUCUAUGGAAAGGAAUCAGUGGGAAAACCCUUGAAAGAGAAUGUUGCCUAUAGCAAUAUUAAUAAAAACCAGAACUCCUUGAAACCUGAGGAGCCCACUAGCAUGUCAGUGGAGAAGGGCUUCCCAGAUGCAAAUGGCUCAUCAAGCAAACUGACUACUUACCAAUGUGCAAAGAAAACCGAUGACCCAAACCAUAUUCAGCUUCAACAGGGACAGUUUACUUUUAAGACCCAGAAUCAUAAAGUGGUGCCCCCUAGCAGUUCAGAAAACGGAAGUAGAAAUUCUGUUUCUAGUCUGUUGACUGUAAAAGAUAAGAAAUCUGUAAGUCUUAGUGCACAGACCCCCAGGAAAGUCUUUACCACAAAGACAAGAGAAGGCUCUGAGAAGAGGCCGGAUCUAACCAGCCACAUGGUCCCGGAGAAAUCACCAGAGGUCUCCCCCGGGACAAAGCCACAGGGGAGCAGAACUGACUUCCCACAGUCUCUUGGUAGGUCAUCAGAUGUCAGUGUCAGGGAUAAGCGUGCCGAAGAUAAUCAGAAGCGUGUGUCAGCCUUAGAGGCCAGGCAGAGAGCAAAGGAAGUACAGAAGAAACUGGUUCACAGUGCCCUGGCAAAUUUGGAUGGUCCUCCAGAGGACAAGCGGAUGCACAUCAUCUUUGGUUCUGACAGUGAAAGUGAGACAAAGGAGACGUCCACUUGGGAGCAAAGCCACCUGGCAGAGAAACCAGUAAAAGAGUUCUUGAGUCGAACAUCUGGGAAGCUCUUUGACAGCAGCGAUGAGGAGUCUGAUGCCGAAGACAACAGCAGUCGGUUCAGAAUUAAACCUCAAUUUGAGGGUAGGGCUGGAAAGAAGCUCAUGGAUUUGCAGUCUCACUUUGGCACUGAUGACAGAUUUCGCAUGGAUUCCCGAUUUCUGGAAAGUGACAGUGAAGAAGAACAGGAAGAGGUAGACGAAAAGAAAACGACUGAGAACGAAGAGCUUGCUGCAGAGAAGCUGAAAGCCCUGAACAUCGUGCAGAGUAUUUUGCACACCAACCUAAGCAAUUCUACAAGCAAAGGAUCCGUAGCUGCUAAAAAAUUUAAGGACAUCAUACACUAUGAUCCAACAAGGCAUGACCAUGCCACUUACGAAAAAAAGAGAGAUGAUAAACCAAAAAAAAGUAAAGCAAAGCGAAAGAAGAAAAAAGAGGAAUCUGAGAAGCUACCCAUGGUGUCUAAAGAAAUGUAUUAUAACAUCGCUAUGGAUUUAAAAGAAAUAUUCCAAACUACAAAAGAUACCACUGAAAAGAAAGAUGUGCCCUGGAAUGUGGACUGUGAUGAAGAGAAAGCCAAGGAAGCCCUUGACUCUGCAGCUCCAGUGAUGGGUGCUGAGCAGCCCAGCGGGUUCACGUUUUCCUUUUUUGAUUCAGACACUAAAGAUAUAAAAGAAGAUACAGGGACCUAUAGAGUUGAGACGGUGAAACCUGGUAAGACUGCCUGGCAGGGAGCCCCUCAUUUCCAAGACAGCAGUUCAGAAGAAGAAGAUGUUAUGGAACAAACAGAUGAUAGAAAUCCCAGCCCUGGAGAAGUAUCAUUACCUGAGAAAGAGACCACUAGAUUUUUCUUUUUCUCCAAGAAUGAUGAAAGACUUCUUGGUUCUGACUUAUUCUGGAAAGGAGCAGGAGGUAAUAUUAGUAGGAAUUUCUGGGAGAACAGAACAAACAACCUGCGUAUGGAUUGUCGGAAAAAACAUAAAGAUGCCAAGAGGAGAGUGAAACCAAAAUAAAAAGUGUCAUUAGUUUCGAUACUGAUUGUGAACAUGGCUCACCCAUCAAAAUUGGAUGAAGUAGAAAAUAAUUUAGCUGACAAGAAUUCAGAGUGAAGGAAUAUUCAAAAUCUGGUUAAUGGAUAUCAUUCUGAUUGCUGUUGCUGUUUUUCUGUGCAUUUCCCCUAUUUCUCCCUGAGUACUUCCAAAAAAAUUAACCUGAACUUUUUUUUUCAAUGAAGCACAAGAUAGUCCCUCAAAAAAAAACAAAACUUUUUGUAUAUAAUCUUUGCCCUGUAUCCUCAGUAACUAAUGGGCAUCUUCUGAUGCAAGUUUUAUGUGGAGCCCUUUAAAAUACAUGUCAGAGCACUUGUUUUCCAAGUUAGUUUUUGCGUGAAGUAUAGGCUACUUGAAAGAACUCAUUUAUGAUUGUACCAAAUAUACCUUACUCCCAUUUCGUGUUUUUUAAGAGGCUGAAUGCAAAAGGAUACAUAACCCACUUUCUGUUCCACUUUCUGUUGAUGUAUAUUACAUUGAUAGGUUCUUAUCUACAGCUGCAUAGCAAGUCAUUUCCUCAAUAAUCAUUUAUUUUGCUUACAAAUACCAAAUUUGGUCAGGACUCAUUGGGGAUUGCUUGUCUGUUCUCCAUAUAGUGUCACUGUUGUGGCUGUGCAGGAACUAGUGAACCCAUUUCUAAGAUGGCCCACUCAACUCUGUGCCUGUCCAUGGGUCUCCUCACAGCAUGGCAACUAAGUUUUAGGAUCAGGAAGCAAAUGCUGGAAGCCUCUUAAGGCGUACCUAGCUCAGAAAUUGGCUCAGAGUCAUUUCCACAAUAACGCACCUAGACUCAGUGGGAGGGGACAUAGACCCUCACCUCUCAGUGGCAGGAGUUCCAGUUUGUGACCAUGUUUAAAUCUCACACCCUACGUUUCUCCAAAGCAAAAGUGAUACCAAGUAACAUUGCCUAUCCCCACUUCCUGCUUCCAACAAUUUAAUGUUUCCACCAAGUUAAUCUCCAUAUUUUAUUUCUACCUAACAUGUUUCUACUAUGAUUUCUUGGUUUAUCAGUUUUAGACAUUAUCUAUUGACUUCCUACUCUGAAAAAUCAGGAUUUAGCCCUAGCCAGCAUGGCUCUGUUGGUUGAAAGUCAUCUAGUGCACUGAAAGUCAUCAGUUUAAAU